GCACGCUCAGUAGACAAUCUUUCCUCAUUUCGUUAACACACUCACAGCACCUUUAAGCGAACCAAUAAUAUACAGAAGAAUUUCCCCAAAGCAACAAACAGCAACAGUAGCUAAAUGAAAUACCCAAAGAUAAAACGAAUAGAUAUAUAAAUACACAUAAAUUAUUUUCCAUUAUAAAAAGAGCUUGAAUAGAUCCGUGUGUUGUUCGCCGACUAAUAUAUUAACCAGCUAUAUUUAAUCAAACCACAUUAAAUUGAAUUAACUAAAUGUCAACGUGCGUGUCAAGUGCAAAAAGCUAAAUCCUUCGUCCUGUUGUUGUGGCUGUCGUCUCCUGAAACUUUAAACGAAAGAAAAGUUUGGCAGCCAUGAAAACCCCCGACUUUGAUAACAAACUGCGCGUAUAAACUGCAAUGGGAAAUGAGCACACAGGGAGAAGCCAUUGUGAAACUGUGAAAGUGUAAUCAAAUAAAUUCCCUCGCUGAAUAAUCCGAGUCGCAGAAUAAAGGUCAAAUCGUAGAAAAUGUGCAUAAAAACCUGCAAAGACAUUAAAUUCGGUGAACACAGCGACGGUGGCCAUGAAGGUGGAGAGAACAUAGUCAUCCGCACAUCCAAAUCUGAUUACGAGCACUUCCAACUUCAACUGCAGCUGCAGGCCAGGCUAAACAAACAAAAGCACAAAGGCUACAAAUUGCCCAACUUUAAGAUUCUCAUGUGUUGCUGCUACUUCAUCAUCAUUGUAUUGAUGAUAUGAAAACGAAAGGCACAAACUACCAUGCAAUGAAACUCAAUCUCCAACCAAAAAUGCUUCAAUUAUAUAGAUAAAUGCCAACAUAUUGAAACCACAAAAGCGAACCAGAAAUUAUUGUUCAACUAAACUCAUAGAAAAGAUCUCAUUCGAUUGCUGUCUAUAGUAUAAACCAUCAGUUAUUUCAAUACAUGUGUUACAACAAAUUAAAUGAAUUAAAUAUAUAUAUAAAUAUAUGUGUAUAGUUCAAUAACGAAGUUAAAUAUUUUCAAAUCUAGCUUAAAGAGAGCUAUAAGCUAAUGUUUUUGUGUGUGUGUAAAGUGCAAUUGUUAAACCAUAAUCAUUGGAAAGCAUAUGUUUAACUGCAAAGCAAUCACUAAUUCAAAUAACCUGUAGCUGCAAUAAUAAACACCAAUAUUCAGCAAUGAAAUCGACGAAUGGCUCCAGCAAGUGGCAUAAUUUUUGAAAAUAAUACCUUCGUGAACCAUCACAACCAGCACAAUCCCAUAUCAUUUUGCACACUGGCGUAGGCCAAGAAUCGGGCGGCGGAAAAGAAAAUGCUGCGAUUUCUCAAGAACCGCUAGACACGGCGUCCGCCCAGGCACCGUUAUCGUACCGCCCAUCUAUCUAAAUGUAUAUGCUUAGCUGUAUCUGUAUCCGUAUCUGUAUCUUCGUGUCAAGCUUAGCAUUAAAAUUGUAACAUUUGUGUAUAUUCAUAUAGAUUAGUCAUAAGUCCGGUUAUGCAUAAUAUGUUAUUCACAUGUUCCUUGCAGUAAAUCCGUCUCUGAAUCUAAGUUAAGAUAAUGCUGUGCAAUGAGCGAGUGAAAGCGAGAAGAAAAGUGGGAAAAUGUAGCAUUGUUACGAUGAUUAGCUGAUUUAUUCUAUGGGUGUAUUUUUGCAGCAGUUGUGCAUGUCUCAAAAUAAAAGAUAACCAGCUAGGGAGUAUUUGCCGCAGAAUUCACUU